AUGAAAGGGCCGAUCCUGAUCCUGUGCUUUUGCUCGGUCGUGUUUUUACUGCUCUACGGGAAAUUCGGUGAUUUGGCAAGUCAAUCCCAAUACGAAACUCUGCUCGGGCGGAUCAGUUGGCCGGAUCUUGGGGCAAAUAUCGAUACCCCAAGCUUUCACACGACAAGAAAACCACGCCGAAAUCGAAAACUUAUCGUACCCCCCGAUUCCGAUAACGACUACACCGAGCUUGAUGUAUUCCCGUUUGACAGGACACCGAUCGGGCGACCUAAAAUCAUCUUCUGGGGCUCGCGUGUUUUCUCCGAGAAAAUGCCUGUAAAUUUUCAACAGAGCUGCCCGGAAAUGAAGUAUCGCUGUAUCUUUCACUCUGACCAAUCGCUUAUCGCAGAUGCUGAUGCGGUGAUAUUUCACGAGGCUGAUACACCUUUGCAAAAAGCUAAACUCCUGCAAAUACCCCGAAAACCUCACCAACGCUUUAUUUGGUAUACGCUCGAGUCGCCGGCGAAUACCCAUAGACCGCUGGAUAAUUAUCCGGCCCACUUUUUCAAUUGGACAAUGACCUAUCUGCCCGAGGCCGAUGUCUAUUACCCCUAUGAUGCUGCCUGGAUCACGAAAAAGGUUGCUGAACGGAAAAACGUACCCUUCAACCCACCGGUCAUUCCUGAUAAGGAAAUAUCUAAAAAUCGAAGCUUACAAAUCAUCGGCAUGAUCUCGAACAAUGUGCAUAUGAGGCUCAAAUUUAUCACCGAUCUGCACAAGAAAGUUAAUGUUGCCUUGCUUGGUGCGGCGGCAUUCGAAGAAAAAUGGAGAAAUAUUUGCCCAAGAUCGGAGGGGAAUGCUUGUAUCAAGAAGCUAGUCGAGGAUAGCUACUUUUUCAUAGCUUUGGAGAAUUCUAUUUGUACUUGGUACACUACGGAGAAGUACUUUGGGCGCGCCGCGUGGAACAGCGUGCCGAUAGUUUGGGCAAGAGAGUCGGGCGGGAAUAAAAAAACCCACACGAUGGGUAAUCGGGGGAAGACCCAGGAAUGCGCGUUGUGCAAAAGAUUACUAGCUGAUGAUGGGGCCUUCAAAACGUACGAAUCUCCGAUCUCGUGGUACUCCGAGCAUUCUGCUUGCUCUUCCGAAGUGCCGGACCGCUUUUUACAAAAU